CGAACCGGCCAGUCAAUCAAUGACGACGCCGCGCGUGGUGCAGACCCGGGACGGGAUCGAUGUGUCGUCGCUGGACGAGCGGCAGUUCAAGUAUCUGACGCUGCCGAAUGCUCUCCAUGCGCUGGUGGUGUCCGACCCGAGCACCGAGACGGCUUCGGCCGCCAUGGACGUGCGCGUGGGAUUCCACUCUGACCCUGACGAUAUUCCCGGCCUCGCGCACUUCUGUGAGCACAUGCUGUUCAUGGGCACGGCCAAGUAUCCGGACGAGAACAGCUACAGUGUGUUCCUGAACGCACACGGCGGCAGCAGCAACGCCUUCACUUCUGGACGCGAUACUAAUUACUACUUUGACGUGGGGGCUGCGCAUCUGCACGAGGCGCUCGACCGUUUUGCUCAGUUCUUCAUUGCACCGCUCUUCACAGCCAGCGCCACAGAGCGAGAGAUGAAUGCGGUGGACUCGGAGAGCACCAAUUACCUACAGGACGAUAGCUGGCGCAUCAAUCAGCUAGAACGCGGCCUGGGUAACCAUAAACACCCGUAUAACAGAUUCGGAGUGGGCAAUAAAGAGACGCUCAGUGUCACACCUGUGGAGAAGGGGAUCAACGUUCGGGAGGCUCUUCUUAAGUUCUACAAGGAAUUCUACUCAGCCAGCAUCAUGAAGCUCGUUGUCUAUGGUAAAGAAGACGUCGAGACGUUGAGCAAGUGGGUGCUCGAGUACUUUACUGCAAUUCCCAAUUCGGGGAGAGAAACCCCAAGUUUUGAUGGAGAACCGCCCUACACUGUCGAUCAGUUGGCCAGAAGACUGGAAGUCGUUCCAGUUAUGGACUGGAAACUGAUUCAAGUGUCCUGGGUGCUACCCCCACUGCGUGGUAAAGGUUACUCCCAACAGCACGCGUCGGUGUUGAGUCAUCUAAUCGGCCACGAAGGACAGGGCUCACUGUUAUCCUACCUUAAGAAGAAAAAGUGGGCGAACACCGUGUUUGCAGGAAUCGUUGAGGAUUAUGACGAAUUCUCACUCUUCAUAGUGAGCUUCGACGUGACGGACGACGGCAUCGAGCGCACCGACGAUGUACUGAAGGCCAUGUUCCAGUACAUCGAGCUGAUGCUUGCUUCGCCUUGGGAAAAGUGGAUGUUUGACGAGAUGGAAAUCAUGUCCAAAACGCAUUUCAUGUUUCAGAGCAAGAACCCCCCAGCCGACUUCACGAGUAUCGUCGCCGCCAACAUGCACAUCUUCCCGAAGCGCGACAUCAUAUCAGAAGGAGUUCUUUACUUCCCGCACGAAUGGGUACAGGCUCUUGAGCUUCUGAAGCUGAUGACUCCAGAGAAUUUGAGAGUGCUUAUCGUGUGCCAAACUUUCGAAGAGCGCGCAACGAACGAAGAAAAAUGGUACGGUACAAAAUACCGUGAAACACCGCUACCCCAGGAGUUUAUGCAAGAAAUGAAGAAUCCAGGAAAGAAUUGCGCGCUGCAUCUGCCGUCUCCGAACGCUUUCGUGGUGAUCGAUCUGAAUCUUAUGGACGAGAAGACUGUGAAUACCCAACACCAGCACCCGCAACUCAUUCGUGAUGAUGAUAUUUGUCGUGUGUGGUACAAGCCUGAUGUGAAGUUUAAGAAACCUCGGACUUUUGCUGUGGCGACAUUUCACUCACCGGAAGUGAACCCUACUCCAUAUAACUACGCUCUAUCGGCACUGUUUGUUGCCUGUCUGAAAGAUGAGCUGAAUGAGUAUUCCUACGACGCUCUUUUGGCUGGUAUGAACUAUAAACUGCGGCUCAACGGAAGCAAUAUCUACCUGAGCACUGGAGGGUACAGCUCCAAGUUACCCAUUCUCGUUCAGCGGAUCCUGGAAGUCAUGGGUAAUUUCGGAAACCACAUUGGGGACGAGGCAUUUGAGCGUGUGAAGCGCGCCAAGUGCCGUUCAUUCGAGAACAUGCGCCUGGAGGAAGCGCACCGCCAUGCAGUCCAGCAAGAGUCGAACUUGCUGCACGAACGGAGCUGGAGCGUGGACGACAUCGUUAAUGCGAUCGGGACGUGCUCAUACUAUGACGUCAUAGCCCAUUCUAAGCGUCUGUUUCGUCAGGUCUUCUGCGAUAUCCUUUUGUACGGCAAUUUAAACCUGUCUGAAGCGAUGGAUCUUGCUGGUGUCAUUGUGGAUCAAGUGCGAGCACCUCGAGCUCUGUCCAUGCCGUCAUCGAAGAAGUACUGGAUUGGGCGACAGGUGAAACUUUCCAGUGGAGUGCAUACCAUCUACAAACGUGUUCACCCCAAUCCAGACAACGCGAAUUGUGCCGUGAACUGCAUCUACCAGAUCGGCGUGGAGAACUGCAUGGACCGCGCUAAGUUGGCUCUGUUCUCGCAGAUUGUUGACGAGCCUCUUUUCGACCAACUGCGGACCAAAGAGCAACUCGGAUACACUGUGUAUUCGACUCCUUGUCGUGGGAAUGGCGUGCAGUCGUUCAAGAUUGUUGUGCAAUCAAAUGUCGCCUCACCGGAAUUCAUUGAGCAGCGCAUCGAUACAUUUUGGCGUGACUUUCGCGAAAUGUUGACGAGUAUGAGCUCCGGCGAAUUGCAGAAACACAUCCAGUCCGUCGUCAAGGGGUAUGUUGAAAGGCCCAAGAGCCAGGAGGAGGAGGUGCAAGCUCUUUUGGUGGAAAUUGCGAACCAUCAGUACGAAUUUGGUCGCAAGACAAAGUUAGCGGACCUAGUGCGUACUUUGCAACUCUCUGAUGUGCUCGAGUUCUUCGACAACUUCAUUCGUCCCGAAGGUCUGCAGCACAAGAAGCUGAGUGUGCACAUAUAUGGGAACGAAACUCGUCUCGAGAUGCUCGCUGGUUGCUCUGAAGCUGGCUGGUGCACCUUUAACAGUGACAACCAAGUUGGUAUCAUGGCUGCUUUGACACUUGGUGCAUGUAGUGGUAGCUCAUCUAGCGUGAAGACUGAGUACAUUAAUGACUCUGAAGACUAUAAACGUCGGGCACCACGCUACGAAGCACCAGUCGCUUCUAUUAAGGAACUGCCGUAGUAUUCUAGAUAAGUGUCCUCAAUAACCCGUUAGGCAUCAGCAACAUUUAAUCUUGCAGCAUUGCUAAGCAGCCGCCUUCCUUCGCUAACUCGUAAAACACUCCGUUCGUGUUCUUCACCAACUCCCGAGGACUAUCAAACUCCAC